CACCACCACUCCACCAGAGCAAGUGAGGGACAGAACUUAGGCCGUCCGGACUUGAGUUGCCGGUAGAAGUUGUAGUGGGCGGCAAACGAUAUGGGGCCAGCGGCAGGAGAUGGGACGAGGAGGAAGACGGCGUGUGUCCCCUGUGGGUACGGCUACGUCGCGUCGGCGCUAGUCAAGCUGCUCCUGGAGAAGGGAUACGCCGUGAAGACCACCCUCAGAAACCCCGAUGGCAAGGUGAAAAACAAGCACCUGAAAGAUCUGCAGGCGCUCGGCCCCUUGGAGGUGUUCCGCGCCGACCUCGACGAAGAGGGCAGCUUCGACGACGCCGUCGCCGGCUGCGACUACGUCUUCUUCGACGCCCCUCCGGUGAACCUCCACGCAGAGAACCCUGAGAAAGAUGUGAUCGAGCCGGCCGUCCACGGGAUCCUGAACGUGAUGAGGUCGUGCGUCAGAGCGGGAACAGUGAAGCGCGUGGUGCUGACAUCGUCGGCGGCCGCGGUCUCCACCUUGCCGCAGGAAGGCGACGGUCAUGUCCUGGAUGAGGAAUCCUGGGCCGACGUCGAGUUCCUCACGUCGGGAAAGACCCAUGCUUGGGUACACACACAUGAGUAUUUUGAUUUUCAGUUCGUUGAGUCAUUCGAAACGAUGAUGACGCUGGCCUACCGUUGUGUAGGGGUUCCCUGCAUCAGCCUCGUCACUGUGUGCCCGGGCCUCAUGGUGGGCGCGGCGCCGGCGGCCAAGGUCCAUCCCAGCGUCCUUGACGUCCUCUCGCUGCUCUCGGGCGAUGAAGCGAGGGUCCGCACCCUUAAAUUCAUCGUGAGGAUGUCUGGCUCCAUUCCGUUGGUCCAUGUCGACGACAUCUGCCGCGCUGAGAUAUUCGUGGCCGAGGAGGAGGCGGCGUCGGGGCGGUACAUCUGCUGCAGCCUUAACACCACCGUAGUGGAGCUAGCCCGCUUCUUGGCGGCCAAGUACCCGCACUACAACGUCAACACCGACCGGUUCUGCGGUCUUCUGGAGAAGCCGAGAGUCUGCAUUUCUUCGGCGAAGCUCCUCGGGGAAGGGUUCGAGUACAAGUUCAAGAACCUGGAUGAAAUAUACGACGACAUCAUCAAGUACGGCAAGGACCUGGGAAUCCUUCCAUACUAAUAUAUGACCAGAUUCUCUAUCCUUGGCUCUCAGAAACAAAUUUUGUUUGUGGACGGCCGGGGGCGCGCAGGUGGCGUCCUGUAUCUUUGUUCUACUUUGCUUUUCGUGCUUAUGUUGUUGUCCUAG